AUGGCCGCGGGCGGCUUUAAGAUGUCGCUGGGCGGCCUAAAGGCGAAGCCAGGCCUCAAAUCAAUCGCUUUGAAGAAGGACGCAAAACCAAAGAAAGCGCUUCUUGGCGACGACGAGCCCGACGACACAAACAAGCAGCAAGAGAUCUCAGGAUUCGACGUAGCAGCAGGCGGCGCAAUCGAUAUCAAUGGCCCCAAAGAAAAGCAAGGGCCGCUGGUCAUACCUUCAUUGCCAAAUCGUAACUGGCGCGAAGAAGCGCGGAAGAAGCAACUGGAGAAGGCGCCGCAUACACAACAACAGAGUGUCGACGUCGUAAUGGAGGAACCGGAGAAGGAGGUCGUAUAUGGACUUACCGUACCAGCGAAACCAGAAGAAGCGCAAGAAAACGGAGUUACCGAACCUGCAGAACCUAUGGAAGUAGAUCCACAAGACAACCUGACGGAGGCGCAACGGCUCGAAAAGCAGGCUCUCGAAUCCCUCCUCAAUGGCAAAUCCACCGACGCUUCGCGCAUUGUCCCCGCCAUAACUGACGAAGAAGCCCUCCAAAACGAUCUCAACGAGGCCCCCGACGAGCCCUCGCUCGACGCCUACGAGGCUACACCCAUUGAAGGCUUUGGCCUGGCAAUGCUGCGCGGCAUGGGCUGGAAGGACAGCGAUGGAGAGUCACGCAAGAACGGCGCGAAAGCACCAAAAGAAAUUAAGCGCCGGCCUGCACUGCUGGGCAUCGGCGCAAAGGAGGAUGCUGCUAAGGAUGUCGAGCUGGGUGAAUUCAACAGUAAGGCGAGAGGCAAGAAGGGUAAAGACAAAGAUGCGGCGCAAGGUUACAACCCCGUUACUUUACGGAACAAAAAGACGGGCGAGGUCAUUACAGAAGAAGAGCUCAAGGCGAAAUUGGAGGGCCAGGACCUCGUACAAGACGAGAAACCCUCAAAGGACUCGCGCGGGCGCGAUGAUGACGAUGAGAAGAGCGGGCGGAGGAGAGACAGGCGAGACAACAGAGAUCGCGACCGGCGGCGUGAUGACGAUUACGACAGCGAACGAAGACGCGAAAGGGACCGUAAGGACGACCGCCAGCGAAACAAGUACGAUAACAACAACAACAACAACGACAGUGAUCGACGGCGGGAGAAGCGCAGGGACCGAGAAGACGACUACGACAGCGAACGAAGGAGAGAGAAGCGCAGAGAUCGCGACAGGAGAGACCGGAGCCGCAGUCCUCGCGACGACAAGCGGCGCGAUCGGUACCGGAGCAGAAGCCGCGAUUCAAAGGACAAGCGCGCCAGACGGGACAGAAGUCGAAGCCGCGACUCUGACGACCGACGGCGGAGGAAAAAGGAGCGAGACUACGAUGACGACCGAAGUGAAGGGAGGAGGAGAGAUAGAGACGACAAGAGCUCGAGGAGAUAG